CAAAGGAACAAUGAGUUUCGCCGGUAAAGUGGCAAUCGUGACUGGUGCUGCCUCCGGAAUAGGAGCUGCCACAGUCAAAGCAUUAGCCAGAGAAGGUGCCAAGGUGGCCCUGGUGGAUAUGGACGAAGUAAAACUACAAGAAGUCGCCAAGCAAUGCGAACAGCAUGGCAACAAUCCUCUCAUGAUCAGAGCAGAUAUCACUCAAGACGAAGAUAUCAGAACCAUAGUGAAAAGAACGAUAGACAAUUUUGGAGAGUUAGAUGUGCUGGUCAAUAAUGCGGGGACUACCAGGCAUUCAUCUAUUAUAGACGAAAAUUUUAUGGAACAUUUCGAUGUACUUAUAAACACGAAUCUACGCUCCAUGGUCUAUUUGACACACCUCGCUGCUCCACACCUGAUCAAGACGAAGGGUAACAUCGUCAACCUUACAAGCAUAGUUGCAUUACGCGUCUUAUUAGGAAAUCUCUCGGCGUAUGCGGUUUCUAAAGCAGGUGUAGCUCACUUCACUCGCUGCGUUGCUUUGGAUCUGGCUCCACAUGGGGUGAGAGUAAAUGCCGUGGCUCCUGGAGGCACAAAGACGAACAUAAUAGAAAAUGCAGGGCUGUCAAACGUAGAGGCGACAAUGGAGGUAUGGAGGAAUAAACAUACUGUGUUGAAGAAGUUAUCGGAGCCUGAAGAGAUAGCAGAUGUAAUUCUGUUCUUAGCUAGUGAUAAGGCUAGGAGUGUUACUGGAUCGACGUAUGUGUGUGACAAUGGGGGACUGCUGACAUAAGUGUUCACAAG